CUCGUGCGAGCAUGGCAACCGUUCUUUUGGUUGUAGUGACACUCCUGGCACUGGCGUGGCUGAUCGCGCGUCGAAGACAGCGGUUUUUACUUUUUCGGGAUCUCGGCAUUCCCGGCCCCACACCUAGCCUUUUUUCGGGAAAUCUGUCUGAGCUUAUACGAAAGGGCGCCGCAGAGGCUUUCGACGAAUGGAUCGAACAAUACGGAGAAUUUGUCGGGUUCUUCAAUGGCGGGACGCCUGUUCUAAUUGUCAAGAACCUGGAGUUGAUAAAAGCAAUUCAGAUCAAAGACUUUGCCAACUUCCACGAAAGAGGGGUGGUGUCCAACUUUUCGAAGACGCAUCCGUUAGGGAAGGUGAGCCUCAACAACGCAUCGGGAGAACGCUGGAAACAGAUGAGAAGCCUACUCACUCCUGCAUUCAAAAUAAGCAGCAUGAAAAAGAUGGUGAACCUUAUGGACGAAUGCUCCAACGAAUUUCUCGGCGUUGUGAAGCAGAGCUCCCUCGAUGGUGGAGCCAUCGAAGUUCGAAGAAUAUUUCAGAAGCUGGCCAUUGACGUGAUUGUGAGGUCGGCGUUCGGAAUUCGUACCGGUGUUCAGAAACACGGCAGCGGAACAGAAAUGGAUCAACUUCUGAAUGAAACUCAGAAAAGUGUCCAACAGUUUCGCACGGGCUGGCUAAACUUUUUCAUAAGUUGCUUUCCCGAGCUUUCCUUGAUAUGGCGGUGCAUCCUUGCUAUAAGGGCGCAUUUUAUGAAGUUGCCCACCGAUAACAUCAAGGAUGGCAUGUUGCCCAUCAUAAACAUGCGACGAUCGAAUCCUCAUGUCCAGCGAGACGACCUCCUCCAGUUGAUGCUCAAUUCCGAAGCUGAUGACGGUGCUCCCAUAAAUGUACAUGACCUAGCCGCAGAAUACGAGAGCAACCCAGCAUCACAAGAACAAUCUGAAACCAGAUCCUGUGGUCAGAGACGACGACGAUUCUUGACGAAUGUGGAAAUACAGUCCAAUGCAGUUAUCUUCCUCAUUGCCGGCUUUGAAACGGCAAGUGCAGUCCUGACGUUCACAGCAUACCUCCUGGCAAAACAUCAACGAGUACAAGAUAUGCUCAGAGCUGAAAUAGCUUCAGUAAUGGAAAGGGAUUGUCAUUUUACGUACGACAACGUUUUUGCCAUGCGCUAUUUGGACCAGGUUAUCUUGGAGUCCAUGCGGAUUUACACACCAUUCGUUGGCUUCAUCACAAGGACGUGCCAACGUGAAUACAAUCACAAUGGACUCAAGAUUCCAGCAGGGCUAAGCAUCUUGAUUCCUGCGUAUCAGCUGCAUCAUGAUCGUGAUUUAUGGAACGAGCCAAAUAAAUUCGAUCCCGACAGGUUCAGCCCCGAAAACAGGGGAAUGAUAAACCCAAUGGCCUUUCAGCCAUUCGGCAAUGGUCCACGGAAUUGCGUGGGAAUAAGGUUUGCUCAAUUAGAAAUGAAGCUGACGUUGGCCAAGUUGUUGGCAAAGUUCAGGAUCAAGCUGGAUGAACGACACAUCAAGGAGGAUCACUUGAAACUUGGAUCAACGUUUAUUUUUUCUUAUCCUCAAGAUGGUGUAUGGCUGGAAUUUGAGGAAAUCUGA